CGCAGGAAUCGGCAUCGAAUAGUACGGGAGCAACCGAAGAUCAAGUUUUUCUGUAACGUAUGAAUUGGUAUGUUACCCCAAGAGGGGGGCGGGGUUGUGACAGGAAGGAGGUUAUCUUCCGUAGAAAAGCCCCGGAUUCCCCCCCGCCCGGACACUCGCCAGUCCGGCACUACCGAAUAUCCAAACGACCUUCGCCUUGACGCGGGCUAUCGAACAAUCCACCCAUGGCGCCUCUCUCAAUGCUCGCUGCCCUUGUCGGCACCGCGGCAGUUGUGGCAGGCUACACUCCCAACAAGCCGGGUAGUAGCGGCCGCUAUCCCAUGAACGCGCCCUAUGACCAAUCUUUCCAGGACGGCUAUUCUAUCCUGAAGCACCUUGGUGGGUACGGACCCUAUGUGAACCGUGCCGCCUAUGGCAUCGGCCGUGACCCGCCCGAGGGGUGCGCUGUCGACCAGGUCAUGAUGCUCAGGCGCCACGGCGAGCGGUACCCGCUUGUUGGGGACAGCGAGAACAUGCUCAAGACGCUCGAGAAGCUGUAUGGCUCCAAGGUCAGCAGCUGGAGGGACGAUCUCGAGUUUCUAAACCGUUGGCAAUUUUUCAUUCCGGACCUGGGCUAUGUGGAGCUCGAGUCCGAGGCCGGACCGUAUAGUGGCUUGCUCGGAUCGUAUAAGCACGGCGCCGAGUACCGCGUCCGGUACGGCCAUCUGUGGGACCAGAAGCCGAAUUCGACCGUGCCAAUGUUCACGAGCGAUUACGAGCGCGUCAUUCAGACGGCAAGGAAAUUCGGUGAGGGCUUUUUUGGCUGGAACUAUUCAACCUCGGCCGCGCUCAACAUCAUUUCCGAGAGCGGGAAAAUGGGCGCAAACAGCCUGACGCCAUACUGCCCAAAGGACAAUGACACGAGCGUGUGCAACAAUCUGUCGCGGUAUAUGCCCCAGUUCGACGUCGCCGCGGCGAGGUUGGGCAGGCAGAAUCCUGGCCUUGAGCUGGAUUCCACCGACGUGUUCAAUCUAAUGCAAAUGGCCGCCUUCGAGCUCAACGUGCGCGGCUAUUCCGACUGGGUUGAUGUCUUCACCAUGGACGAGUGGGUCAGCUUCGGGUACACCCAGGAUCUACAGUUCUACUACUGUGCCGGUCCUGGCGACAAGAACAUGAAGGCUGUUGGCGCCGUCUACGCUAACGCAACCCUCCACCUCCUGAAUCAGGGGCCCAAGAAGGCCGGCUCCAUUUUCUGGAGCUUCGCCCACGACACCAACAUAACCCCGAUCCUCGCAGCUCUCGGUAUCUCGAGUCCCGCUGAGGACCUCCCGCUCCAUCACAUUCCGUUCCCGAACCCGUACUCGAUCGGCGACAUCAUGCCCAUGGGCGGCCAUCUCACGCUGGAGCGGAUGGCGUGCAACGAGACCGCCGUCACUAAGCGCGACACAUACGUGCGAAUCGUGCUGAACGAGGCUGUCGUGCCCUUCACCGGGUGCCAGGACGGGCCUGGCUUCUCGUGCUCGUUGGCGAACUACACCUCCCUUGUGACUAAGAUGCUCCCGGAUUAUACCAGCACCUGCGGUGUCGAUGCAAGCUACCCCCAAUACCUGUCUUUUUUCUGGGAUUACAAUACCACGACGACAAACAACUUUGAAACUCGCACCUAUAUCCCGUACCAAGGUGCGUAAGUCGAAUGAUAGUCAUGGUUACGGUACGAAGUAGGCCAGGC